GCAGGAGGUGUCCCGGUUGUGAAAGCUGGGCUGACUCAGCGCCGUGCACCGGCCCGUGGGACGUUCUGCUCCAAACAUCCUGUCUGAGGGCCACCUCCCCGUGGUGGCUUCCCCCUUUAUCUGCCUCUUCUGAGUAACAGCAGCUCCUUGCUGCCACAUCUGGAGGAGGAGGAGGACGGGCAGGAGCCGCAGGUCCAGCAAGCCAGCCUGAUGCCAACAACUUUCCUUGGCAGUGCCCUCCGGGGCACCUUCUUCUUCAUUUUUGGUCUCUGGUGGUCUGUCAAAUACCCUCUGAGGUAUCUCAGGAGGAAGAGCAGCAGUGAGAGCCAGCUGAGCUAUGGGGUCCAGCGUGUGGAAGUCUUGGAAGGGGCAGUCAAAUCCUUCUUUGCUCUGACAGGGAUACUGGCGGAGCAGUUUGUUCCCACUGGUCCUCACCUGCAGCUGUACAGCCCCAAGACACACAGCUGGACAGACCUCACCCACUGGCACUACACCACCAUGUACCUCUUCUUCCUCCUCUCUGGCAUCGUGGACAUUGUCUCCCACUCCCUGCUCAGGCUGCCGCUCGGCUUAGACCGCCUGGCGCUGGGCAUGGCUCUGCUCGUGGAAGGUUUGCUCUUCUGUUUCCAUGACAACAGUGAUGCUACACUGGAUCACCAUGUCCACUCCCUGCUGGCCAUGGCUGUCUUUGCUGGAGCCCUCUGUGUCUUCCUGGAGGUGUUCCUUCGAGACCACAUCAUCCUGGAGAUCUUCAGGACCAGCUUCUUCCUUCUCCAGGGCUCUUGGCUUUGGCAGAUUGGGUUUGUGCUGUCCCCUCCAUGGGGAGGCCCAGGCUGGGAUCAGACUGACCUCAGCAACUUCGCCUUCCUCACCAUGUGCUUCUGCUGGCACUACGUGGGCACUCUGGCUGUCCUGGCAGCCAACGCUGCUGCAUCUCGGUGCUGCAACGAGUCCUGCCAGCUGAAGUUCGGGGACAUCGACGUGGAGCUGGACUGUGGCAUGUGCAUCCGCAGAGGCACCAAGAGCUCUGACAGCAGCCUGCUGCCCGACAGCCCCUCAGAUGACAAAUGAGGCCGUGGUGGGCAUGGGAGGUCCUUCCCUGCUCAAGGCUUGUGAGAUGAGGUUUUGGAUUCAGUCUCAAUCAACGACACCAGCAGCUGGUGGUGGAGCAGCAGAGGUGGGAGGCAGGAGACGGAGAGGAGAGCGCGGCAGGAGCGGUGCUGCAGCUGGGGUCCUGAACUGCAGGACUGGUUUGCUGGUGGAGCCCAACCAGUGUGGCAAACUCAGCCUCUUUCAAUGUGUUCUUUUCCCUUCUGCUUCUGGAGAAGGGAACCAAACCAGUGCUGACAGCUGCUGGUGGCUGCUGCUCGCUCUGGCGCUCACAGAGGGGGGAUUUGUACAGAGCUUGAUGUGCACCCAGCACAGGUGAUGACCAAUAAAGUCCUUUAACCACCCCC